GACGACGACACCGCCAUGCGACUAUUUGAACAAUCAAUACGUCAGAAACCCAAUGGCACCUACACAGUUCGUCUACCUUGGAGGGAACCUCGACCAACCAUCAACUCAAAUUGGACAAUGGCCUAUAGCCGCCUUCAAGCUAACAUCAAACGCCUAAUACAAUCGCCUGAACUUCUCGCCAAAUACGACAAAAACCUGCGCGACCAAGAAGAGAAAGGAAUAAUUGAAGAAACCGGCCGUGACACAGAAGAAUUCUUCAUGCCUCAUCACGCCGUCAUUAAUCCAAAGAAGCUAAGAAUUGUCUUGGAUGCAAGUGCUCAUCCCAACGGAGCAGCAAGUCUCAAUCAAGCCUUAUACCGAGGACCUGUUCUACUACCAACACUCGUCGGAAUGCUCAUACGAUGGAGAACAUGCCUUAUACCAAUCCUGUCUGACGUCCAAGCCGCUUUUCACACCAUCGAAAUGCUACCUGAGGAUCGUCAAUUUUGCAAAAUUCUUUGGCUGCGCGACGUCAACAAACCAAUCACCACAGACAACUUAGUCGUCAAACGCUAUACGAAGAUGGUCUUUGGGGUCAUCUCAUCACCUUUCGUCUUAGCAGCAGUUUUAUUGCAUCACUACGCAAAAUUCAACACAGCAUUAUCAAAAGAAAUGGCAAAGAAUACAUACGUCGACAACAUCCUAUUUCAAUGCUCAACAGAAGAAGAGGCCCUCGGCAAAAUGAAAACCGCCAAAGAAAUAUUUAAGAAGGCAGCAAUGAAUUUACGAGAAUUCCU